GUAGUAAUAGCUCCACUCGGUUUUCUUUGGAGAGCAGGACGCGCACUGACGGGAUCAUCAUGGCACCGCUGGGACUAAAAGCCAUUGUUGGAGAAAAGAUAAUGAACAACGUCAUCAAGAAGGCAAGAGAAAAAGGAAAAUGGAAGGUUUUGGUGGUGGACAAGCUGAGCAUGAGGAUGGUGUCCUCCUGCUGUAAGAUGACAGACAUCAUGUCUGAGGGAAUCACUAUUGUCGAAGAUAUAACAAAGCGGCGUGAACCUCUGCCCAGCAUGGAGGCCAUCUACCUGAUCACACCCUCAGACGAGUCUGUCGAGGGUGUGAUUGAGGACUUCAGAGACCCUCGGACUCCGAGGUACAAAGCCGCCCACGUCUUCUUCACUGACACAAUCCCAGACUCUUUGUUUGGACUCUUGACCAAAUCCCGCGCUUCUAAAGCGAUGAAGGCCUUGACUGAGAUCCACAUAGCCUUCCUGCCCUAUGAGUCUCAGGUCUUCUCCCUGGAUAAAGUGGAUGCUUUCCAGGACUUCUACAGUCCCUUCAAGGCUGACGUGAAGAAUAACAUGUUGGAGCGUUGUGCUGAACAGAUUGCCACCCUCUGUGCCACGCUGAAAGAGUAUCCAGGAGUUCGAUACAGAGGGGACUACAAAGACUGUGCAGUUCUGGCUCAGAUGCUUCAGGAGAAGUUGGAUGGCUACAAAGCUGAUGACCCCACCUUGGGAGAGGGUCCCGACAAGUCUCGCACUCAGCUGCUCAUUCUGGACCGAGGCUUUGACCCCGUGUCACCUCUCCUGCAUGAGCUCACACUGCAAGCCAUGGCCUACGACUUACUGGGAGUCGAGGAUGAUGUUUACAGGUUUGAGACCAGCGGGAUGGGAGAAACCAGGAUGAAGGAGGUAGUGCUGGACGAGGAUGACGAUCUGUGGCUGAGUCUGAGACAUAAGCACAUCGCUGAGGUGUCGACAGCUGUGACUCGCUCACUAAAGGAAUUCUCUGCCAGCAAAAAGAUGAACACUGGAGAAAAGACCACCAUGAAGGAACUCUCGCAGAUGCUGAAGAAGAUGCCUCAGUAUCAGAAAGAGCUCAGCAAGUAUUCAACCCACCUCCACCUGGCUGAGGACUGUAUGAACCGCUACCAGGGCACCGUGGACAAACUUUGCCGUGUGGAACAGGAUCUCGCGAUGGGAACAGAUGCAGAAGGUGAGAAGAUCAAGGAUCCCAUGAGGCUCAUUGUCCCCAUUCUGCUGGAUGCCAAUGUCAAUGUGUCCGACAAGAUCCGCAUCAUCCUGCUCUACAUCUUCCUUAAGAAUGGUGUGACUGAGGAGAACCUGUGUAAGCUCCUGCAGCAUGCUAACAUCCCACCGGAGGACAGUGACAUCAUUUCCAACAUGGCCCACAUGGGUGUUCCCAUUAUCUCUGAGGGCACCACCAAGAAAACCAAGAAGCCUGAUCGCAAGGAACGGAUCAGUGAGCAAACCUACCAGCUCUCCAGGUGGACCCCUUUUGUCAAGGAUCUCAUGGAGGAUGCAAUUGAAGACAAACUUGAUCCCAAGCAAUACCCCUAUAUUUCCCAGCGACAAGCAUCUGCCAAAGCCAGUGCUCCAUCAAGUGCUCGCUAUGGUAACUGGCACAAGAACAGGGGCCCCACAGAGGUGAAGACAGGGCCCCGGAUAAUCGUCUUCAUCAUUGGAGGCAUGACAUACAGUGAGAUGCGCUGCGUGUAUGAGGUCACCCAGGCCAAUGGCAAGUGGGAGGCUUUGAUUGGCGCCACCCACAUCCUCACCCCGCCAAAAUAUUUAAAGGAACUACAGCACCCAGACUUCUUGGACCCCAAUGCCUCACCAGAGGGCGCCGAGGAGCCUCCUGUACAAUAAAAGAACAUCUGGAAGUAAAUACUGAAUGUCAUUUUGUUCUUUGUGUACCUCUGUGUUUGCUGCUGUAGCCCUGUCCCCCACAUCAUUUGAUGCCCGUGGUUUUCACAAACAGUCAGAAUCUGUGUUUGUCAGUGUUUUAAUAAAUCGUCCUGCAGGUGAACUCGACUGUCACAGAGAUCCUCCCUGUUCCUGCUGGAUUUCUACCAUCCCUUGUGUUUGACAGCUGUCUGAGGCAGGACUGUGUUCUGGUUGUAAAAUGGCACGGGUUACCUGCAACAUACCAUGUAAUCUUUGAAACCUGCAUUUUGUUCUAGCGAUAACGUAACAUUGUUGAAAAACAUUUUAAAUUCAUAGUACCUGUCAGUUACAACAAAGUGAUCUUCUAGAUAACACAUACAAGGACCCAGCACCUCCAGUAACACUGUGAGGAAUCCUGUAGUGUGCAUAUUAGACAAAUAUGUAGGGCUGCUCUCUUCAUUUGACUUCUUUUUAUUUUAUUCUGAUCAUUUUGCAUCCUCACCUCUAUAAAAACCAUAGAUUACAGUAUUACAUGAUGCUGAAUUAUCCUUUCGUUCUUGAUCGAGUAAUGAAAACUUUACGGUGCAUCCAGAAACUAUUCAGAGUCCUUCACUUGUUCCACAUUUCGUAAUGUUAUGACCUUAUUCUAAAAUGGAUUCAAUUCAUUUUCACCUCAAAAUUUUACACACAAUCCUAUAACGACGAAGGACAGUGGUUUGCUUGAAAUGUUUGCAGAUGUAUUAAAAAAUAAACAAAAAUAUAACACCUAAUUAAGUAUUUACAGCCUUUAUCAUGACACACAGAACUGGGCUCAGGUGCAUCUGGUUUCCUCCAGACUCCUGUCAGAUGUUUCUACAGCUUGUUUGGAGUCUACCUGUGGUAAACUCAGUUGACUGGACACCACCAACACUGGUCUGUAUAAGAUCCCACAGUUGAGAGUGCAGAGCACAAACCACACCAUGAAGUUCAAGGAGUUCAUGUAGACCUCCAAGACUGGAUUGUAUCGAGGCGCAGAUCUGGGGAAGCGUACGGAAACGUUUCUGCAGCUUUGGAGAUCCCAGUGAGCACAGCAGCCUCAAUAAUCCAUAAAUAGAAGAAGUUUGAAACACCUGGACUCUUCGUAGAGCUGGACACCCAGCCAGUCGGUGUAGAAGGGCCUUUGUCAGAGUGAUCAUCAGUUCUCAGUCACCUCCCAGCCUGAGCUCCAGCAUUGCCCUGUGGAGAGAGGAGAACCUUUUAGAAGGACAACCAUUUCUGCAGCACUCCAUUAAUCAGGCUUUUAUGAUAGUGUCCAGUUGGAAGCCACUCUUCAGGAAAAUGGCCCGACAGCGCUCCUAGAGCUCGCAAAAAGGCAACCAAAGACUAAGACCACAGGAAACAAAAUUAUCUGAUCUGAUGAAACAAAGAUUGAACUCUCUGGCCUGAAUGCUAAUACCAUUACUAUAGUGCAGCAUGGUGGGGCCCACAUUAUGCUGUGGAGAUCUUUUUGCCAGCAGGAACUGGGAGACUGGUCGUGGUCAAGGGAGAGAUGAAUGCAGGAAUGUACAGAGACAUUCUGAUGGUAGCCUUCUGCAGAGAUUGGGGUGAAGUGACAAACAACAUUUGUGUUUGAAUGGUCUUCAGUGUCCCAGAGCACAAACUUGAAUCUGACGAUCCUCCUCCAAUCCGAUGAAAGUGAAAAGGUUCUGCAAAAAAGUUUGUAGCAUCAAGCUCAUAGACUUUAGGUUGUAAUUGUUUCAAGCAAACCUCUUUUACUUUGUUAAUAUGGGGUGAGGCAUUAUUUUAAGGUGAGAAAUGAAGUUAAUACAUUUACAUUUCCCCCAUGAGUACUUUUAUCACUACACAUUUUACACUUUUAAAUUUAUAUAAAUACACACUGCAUAUCCUUCCAAGGCAGGUGAUUAUACUGUGUAUCACGUGUUCUCUGAAUCCACCAUUAUACAGGAUUAUAUCAGCUCGGUAGUCCUAUGAAAGCUACAGCAGCCACAUAACAAAGUCUAAAAGUACAAAAAGUACCUCAAUCAUAGCAGGCUGUGUAAGUAGUUACACUCACUGGACAUGUUAUUAGGUGCACCUUGUCAGUUAGAUGCUUUGUUAGAUAAAAAACCUUUAAUGUUAGACUCUUGUAAAUAUGAAAAUAAAAAGCCAUCACGUAGAAUUGUCUGCACACUGCACCACCUAUACAAAACAAAACAGGAAGUUAACGUCCUCUGAGGAAGUAAUUACAUAGACAACAACUCUAAUGAGAAGAUGAUGACGUGAGGUGGUGGGAGAUGACGUCUGGUGGUUAACAGAACAAAUGCAAUCAGUGCAAUCAGUGUUUAAAUAUUUAAUCAGCUUGGUGUCACCAUUUAUCCUGCAACAUGUAAUAAACUGAAACAAAAAAGCAGCUGAAGCAAAAACUGACAAAGUAAUUCACACACUUGUUGCCAUGGUGAAGUGCAGCAGGUUUACAAGAACACUUUACAAACUGCAGAAUUUCAAAAAUAACUUUUAUUUUAUGUGCUCUGUAACAUAUUUAUAUUCACAGCUAUUACUUUUGAACAGGCGGAUAUGCUAAAUCAAUAUUUCCAAUUCAUCAUAUUUUAGCCUUGGCCUACCCAGAAGACAUCCUUUAACCAUUAAAAGCAGAGAGGAUGUCUCUGCUUUAGAGGUUGAUAGAUCAAUCAGAGUUUUGUUUGAUAAGAUAAGAUACCUUUAUUAGUCCCACGAGUGGGAAAUUUCAUGUUUGUGAGGAGAUUUUAGAUGAAAUUCUGAAUUUAACAAUGAGCCACUGAAGAAAAAGAAAAAGUUCUUUCUUUUCAUUGAAGACUUGAGCAAACAGACUGGUCAUACAGCAUCUUGUGUCUUUCAGGGUCAACUGAAACCUUUACCCCGUCUCACCUUGUAAAAACCCUCAAAGACUUGGAGAAAGAAGAACAGAGCACUGCCUGUAGUACUCCAUAAACUCUUACUCUAGAUUCCCCACCCACUCACAUGUCAGAGCCAAACUUUGUGUUGUGUACAAAUCAGUUGUUAAAACUCCAAACAUGGAAACUGCUAAUCACGCUGGAGUCUUUGUUGUUGUUAACUCUGUAUUGUGGGAUUAUAUUUAUUCAUCUAAACAAUAACAGCUCUAUGAGAUUCGGCAUUAUUGGAGCAAAAUCUGGCACUUCUCAUCUAAAGUAGUGCUUUUCAUGUAGUGGUUGCCAUGGCAUACUGUAAAAAUCAUUAGCUUUAUAAUAACGUCUGACCUGGAAGCCGCCAACAUAAAUGUAGCUGUAGCUCCAUCAUUUACUAGAUAAGUAGAUGUGAUAGUGAUUGUUUGUUGUACACUGAGUAUCAUUUUUCCUUUUAUUUGACCAUAAUGCUUGGUUUUUAUUUUAUAGUGGUUCUGUAUGACUAGUUAUCAGCUGUUGUUUGAAAAGAGAUCGCAGUGUUAUCACACAUUUGUACUUUUUUGUCCUCAUCAAUAAACAGUACUUGCUACAGGUGGUGUGUUCAACUAAUAAAGCGACUUCCAUUAA